AUGAAGUCCUUCGUUACUCUUUCUCUCCUUGCCACUGCGCUGGCUGCCCCGACCCCGACUCUGCACGGGCGUCAAUUCGAUCUCUCCUCUCUGCUGUCCGGAUCCAGCUCUGGCUCUAGCACCUCCACUGGAUCCAGUGGCCUGAGUGCUCUAGCCUCCCUGUUCCCGACCAGUGGUUCGGCGACCGGCAGCACCACCGGCUCUGCAGAUACUAGUGGCAGUGCUAGUGGGAGCACCACUGGCACCACCACUAGCAGCACUGACAGCAGCAGUGGCUUGAGCUCUAGCACCCAAAACGGAGUCACCUCCAACACCGGCUGCAAGGAGCUGACCUUCAUCUUCGCGCGUGGAACCACGGAGAUGGGCAACAUGGGCAGCGUGGUCGGCCCCGAGGUCGCCUCGGCCCUGCAGUCGCUGACCGGCAACAAGGUCACAGUGCAGGGUGUGGACUACCCCGCCGACUGGGCUGGCAACAUGGACCUGGGCGCCUCCGGCGGCCCCAAGAUGGCCAGCCUGGUCAAGCAGGCGCUGAGCCAGUGCCCCAACACCAAGGUCGUGCUGGGCGGCUACUCGCAGGGCUCCAUGGUGGUGCACAACGCCGCCAGCUCCUUGAGCGCGGGCCAGAUCCAGGCGGCUGUGUUGUUCGGUGACCCGCUCAAGAUGACCUCGGUCGGCAAGCUCGCCUCCAGCAAGGUCAAGGAGUUCUGCGCCACCGGCGACCCCGUCUGCGAGAACGGCGUCAAUGUCAUGGCUCACUUGUCCUAUGGAAGCGAUGCCCAGACCGCCGCGCAGUUCUUGGUCAGUGCCGUCGGGCUUUCUUAAGUUUGUG